ACUCUAUUGUCCUUUUCCUUUCCUAUAACUUGAUUCAUUUUCUUUGAUUUCUCGGUAACUCUCUCUCUCUCUCUGAUACGCAGAUUUAGCAAUGGAUUCAAGCACCAAUGAAAUAACCCACGAAUUCCCACCCUACUUCAGAGUAUACAAAGAUGGCCGCGUGGAGAGAUUGGGGAUGUUCGCCGUCUCUGACCGUGCUCCUACUGGCCUAGACUCCAAAACCCACGUCCAAACCAAAGACGUCGUCGUCUCAUCUGAAUCUGGCGUAUCGGCCCGCCUCUUCCUCCCAAAAAUCAGCCACCCAGAUCACAAGUUGCCACUCGUCGUUCACUACCACGGUGGAGCCUUCUGCAUUGGAUCGCCUUUCAGCAAAACCUUCAACAAUUUCCUUGUAUCUCUCGCCGCAGCGGCCAAUGCCAUUGUUAUCUCCGUUGACUACAGGCUUGCCCCGGAGCACCCUCUACCAACCGCGCAUCAGGACUCGUGGGCCGCGCUGCAGUGGAUCGCUACCCACUCUAACGGCCAGGGACCCGACUCAUGGCUUAACGAGUAUGCGGAUUUCGGGCGGGUUUUCUUGGCGGGGGAGAGCGCCGGGGCCAACAUAGCCCACUACGUGGCAGUUCAAGCUGGUGCCACCGAAUUGGUUGGCCCAAAGAUUGUUGGGUUACUCAUAGUGCACCCAUUUUUCGGUGGUAAAGAGCUAGAUAAAAUCUACAGUUUUAUGUGUCCAACGAGCACCGGGUUCAGUGACCCGAUACUGUACCCGAAAUUUGAUCCGAAUUUGUCGCGUAUGGCUGGGGCGAAGGUGCUGGUUUGCGUGGCAGAGAAAGAUUGGUUAAAAGACAGAGCGGUGGCUUAUUCUGAAGCAUUAGGUAAGAGUGGGUGGGGUGGGACCCUGUCGUUUUAUGAGACGGAAGGAGAGGACCACGGCUUCUUUCUGUUGAAUCCCAGAAGUGAUAAGGUGGGGCCUCUCAUUAAAGUCAUGGCUGAUUUUAUAAAUCACGACUAAAAGUUAUUUUGGUUGUCAUGUUGCGGUAAUUACAGUUGCAACUGUAUUAUGGUAAACUAUAACAUAAAAUAAAUAUAUAUGUCUUUUUAUUGAGCUUGGUAGUUGGUACCAUGGCAUUUAUUCUAUUGUAAUUAUUUUUAAUUUAAGAAAUGGGAUUCUUCACAAUUU